AUGGCAGCUGUAGAUCCCAGACUCUUCCCCCGACGUGUGCGGUACGCCGCCCUUCUCGCCGUCAAUGUAUACGUUUUCAUGGGUAACAUGUAUUCGGUGAGUGUUGAUGUCUGCAACAUUGAAGCCCUGCAUCCUAACAAUCUUUCCCAUACACAGUCGGGAAUUGCGACGGGAUUUGAGUCCCUUGCAAUCUAUUUCCACGCCGACAAUGACCAGCUAUCGGCCCUGAUCGUAUAUUCAGUGCUGGCAAUGGGUCUCGCCAACUUGUUCUGGAUGCCGCUUGCGCUGUGCUUUGGGAAGCGCCCUGUUGUACUCGUAUCUAUGGCGAUGUUCCUUGGCGGCGUCAUUUGGAGCGUAGUUGCUCAGACCUACGAUAGUCUGCUUGCUUCGCGAGUCUUUGCUAGUUUCGGAUAUGGCGCUAUUGAAUCGCUAGGACCCAGCAUCCUCGCAGACAUCUUCUUCGAGCGGAACUAUGCCAGUGCUAUGGCAGUUUACGCUGCGUUCCUGUCCGGUGGCUCCCAGAUUGGGCCCAUGAUUGCCGGUUACCUCAUUGAGGCCCGUGGCUGGCGGUGGUUCUUCAUUCUCUGCGCUAUCAUCGCGGCAGUCAACUUCGUGACCGCCAUCUUCAUGCUGCCAGAAACCAUCUACGAGCCAGAUGAGCAGCCCGCAACCGCUGAAGAAAACGAAGAAAUCGAGAAGGGCCUUGACAGCCACCUUGAGACGAUUCCCACCAGAUCGCAGGUCGGCGACCGUGUGAAGAUGGACUACGGAGAGUAUUUCAAGGGACUCUUCACCCUCAACAUCACCAAGGGGGCCAAAGAAAAGGGCGUCUUCAAAUUCUUCGCCUAUCUCCUCGUACUUCCACUCCCAUUGUUGCUGGUCCCCGGCGUAUUGAUUGCGUCAAUCAUGUACGGUGCUGUCCUUGGCGGUAUCGUCGUCAUAUCGACACUCUCUCCUAGCCUCUUCUCUCCCCCGCCGUACCUCUUUACCUCUUCUGAGCUUGGCCUCUUCACCCUAAGCAGCUUCAUCGGCAUUGUGAUCGCCUGGCCCAUCGCCGGUCCUCUCACUGAUAUCCUCUCGCGCUGGCUUCGCAAGCGCAACGGCAAUGUUCACAAGCCCGAGCACCGCUUGCCGGCGCUGAUUUUCCCAUUUCUCGUGUGUCCGGUCGGCUUGGUAGUCUUCGGCUACACCGUCGCCAGACAAGAACACUACGUUAAGCCCGCUGUAGGUGCUGCUAUCUCCGCUGCCGGUUUGACCCUGGUGCCUUCUGUCAUGCUCUCAUAUGUCGUGGAUUCAUACCCACGAGCUAGUGGUGAGGCGCUUGUUCUGGUCAAUGCGUCGAAAAAUGUGGUGGCUUUUGGAUUGGCCAAGGGCGCAUAUGCUUGGAUGGCCCAGGAGGGCGUCGAUAAGAUGUUCUAUGAACUUGCUGGUAUUCAGUGGGCCUGCAUUUUCCUGGCAUUGCCACUGUAUAUUUUCGGGCCAUGGAUGCGAGCUCGGACGCAGAAGGUGCUCUAA